UAAAACGACGGAAGAAAGCGCCAAUCGUAUUCUUCUGUCCCUAAAUUUUCUUUCUUCAAUCGUCGAGCAAUUCCAAGAAGUUCACUUGAAACCGGUUCCAAAUCUCGAUCAAGCUGUUUGGAUCGCAUUUCUCCGUCACGAAACAUGCAGGAAUAGAUCCGGCAACGUUGCUAGGAAUCCCUCAAUCUUCUUCUAGGGCACGUUCUUCUGCUGUCGUAAUACGAAAUUCCGAUGGCUUCUUGGCUCAAAGUCGCUGAAGGUUUAUUCGAAGUUGUUGAUCGAAGAGCAAAGCUGGUUGCGAGUGAGUUGUCAGAUGAACAGUCCAUACUGCCAUCAGCUUCCAAUGGUAAAGAAAUUCAAGCCAAGAGGGAGAAAUCAAAGGAGAAGGGUCAGUUGACACUCUCCACUGCUGAACCUCCUAAUCCUACAACAAGCAAUCCUGAACAUGAACAAGAGCAGACUAGCAUACAAGCAUCUGCAUCAAGUGUGACAUCUGAUAAAGAUGAAGAUGCCCCAUCUGAAAAUGCUGUUGCCGUGUCCAGUAAUUUUACAGACCAGAAAAGUACAGAGCCACCAUCUGAUGUGAAUAAAGUUACUGCACUGUCAGGCACUACUUCAUUAGGGACCCCUCCAACUGACACUUGCAAAGAUGAUGCUGAUAUUAAAAUGGAAAUCUCAACUACUGAGAAUGAUGUAGAACCCGUCACUUCCUCUGUAAAUGGCGAUCUUACAAUUGAGAAUGCAAGAGACGAGCUUGAGAGGUCCUCUUCUUUACAAUUUACAGGCAUAGGAGUUGAAUAUGUUAAUGGACACCAUUCAGUUCCAGCUGAUGCUGCCACAGAAGUUAAGUUGGUGGGUGAGGAUGUUUCUCUGAAGCCUGACCAAGAAAGAUCUGAACUUGGAUUGUUGGAAAGACAUGGUAGUAUUACUGAUAUUCAAGAUAAAGAUGUAGAGGUCUUGCAAGAACCUAUAGCAAAUCUGAAGAAACAACAGGAACAUAAAACUGAUACUAAUCCAAUGAGAGUGCAAGACCAACUUGAUGAGGCUCAGGGUCUGCUCAGAAGUACAAUUUCCACUGGUCAGUCAAAAGAGGCCAGGUUAGCCAGGGUUUGUGCUGGACUUUCAUCUCGCCUUCAAGAAUACAAGUUGGAAAAUGCACAGCUGGAAGAACUCCUUGUUGCCGAGAGAGGACGGAGUAAUUCAUAUGAGGCUCAUAUAAAGCAGCUACAGCAAGAUAUGUCUGCAUCCAAGAUUGCAGUGACCAAAGUUGAAUCAGAUAUGGCUGAUGCUUUGGUAGCCAAAAAUUCAGAAAUUGAGGCUCUCAUAAGUUCAAUGGAUGCAGUGAAGAAACAGGCUGCUGUCUCCGAAGGAAAGCUUGCCUCGUUGCAGGCAAACAUGGAAUCUAUUGUGAGAAACCGGGAACUAACAGAGACACGGAUGAUGCAGGCUCUACGCGAAGAACUGGCUUCUGCAGAGCGCAGGGCAGAAGAAGAGCGUUCUGCACACAGCACAACCAAAAUGGCCGCCAUGGAAAGAGAAGUAGAACUAGAACAUAGAGCUAUUGAGGCAUCCACAGCUCUUGUUAGGCUCCAGAGAACAGUGGAGGAGAGGACAUCAAAAGCAUCUGAACUCGAGCAAAAAUUGGCACUGCUUGAGGUGGAAUGUACAUCUUUAAAUCAAGAGUUACAAGACAUGGAAGCCCGUGCUCGUCGUGAACAGAAGAGGUCUCCAGAUGAAGCAAAUCAAGCCCUUCAGAUGCAGGCAUGGAAGGAGGAAGUGGAGCGUGCCCGCCAAGGUCAAAGAGAUGCAGAGAGCAAGCUUUCUUCUUUGGAGGCUGAGAUGCAAAAGAUGAGAGUGGAAAUGGCUGGCAUGAAAAGGGAUGCAGAGCAUUAUUCACGGCAGGAACACAUGGAAUUGGAGAAACGAUACCGUGAGCUAACCGAUUUAUUGUACUAUAAGCAAACACAGCUAGAAGCCAUGGCUAGUGAAAAAUCUGCAGCAGAGUUCCAAUUGGAGAAAGAGGCAAAGCGUCUUCAAGAAGCACAGGUUGAAGCAGAAAGAAGUAGAGUUUCUCGUCGAACAUCAUCAUCUUGGGAAGAAGAAACUGAUCUAAAAGCACUCCAGCCUCUCCCCUUGCACCAACGUCAUAUGGUUGGGGCAAGCAUGCAGUUGCAAAGAGCAGCUAAGCUUUUAGACUCGGGUGCUGUCAGUGCUACUAGAUUUCUCUGGCGGUACCCAAUUGCUCGAGUUAUCCUACUCUUCUACCUGGUAUUUGUACAUCUCUUCUUGAUGUAUUUGUUGCAUCGGCUACAGGAGCAAGCAGACAACUUCGCCUCUAAAGAAGUCGCGGCGUCUAUGGGACUGGACAAAUCUAACUUGCCAUGAGAUGAUGGUCAUCAAUUCUGGGCCACAACGGAGCUGUUCUGGUGCCAUCCACAGGCAUCACCAAAAGUUUACAGGAAGGUUUCCCCUGCAUAGAAAUUCUUUCCCCUUGUAGAAUUCUUAACGGUUUUAUUUGUUGUUCUUAUGUGGUUGAUGUUGAUGUGCAAUUAAGGUUUUCAAAAAAUGUAUGUUUACCCAAAAGUAAAGAUAGGUAGCUCACUUUCUAGUCUGUAAAAUACAAACAUGGAUUUCAUGGGUUUGCUGUAUUGGCAAUGUUUUAAAACCUGUGCUGGACCGGGUCUUAGUGUGACUCUGGCUUGUUUUGAUAGCCGGUAUGGUCCGAUCUUCCCAGUCCUAUCUGGGUUUUAAAUCACUUUUUAUAGACAUUCUGAUAUGUUUGACUGAUGUAAUCAAUGAAAUAACACAAUUGUAUUGAAGCA